UUAUAACCUACAUUUGUCGAAUGUUGUCUUUGAUUAUAACCUAAAAUUUUAUCGGCUUUAAUUUACAAUUAUUUUUUGUGAAAAUAUUUAAUGAAAAUGUCGUUUUUUUACACAUUAUGCAGGAUAUCUUCAGUAAACAGCUUUCGUACGUUGUUGCCGUGUAGAGGUUUUCACACUACACAAGCACAACUCCUGUAUUCUCCGUCAGUUUUAGGUAUUGAUGGAUAUCUUAAUACCAGAAAGAGGGUUAAAGAGCAAUUUACAAACUAUUCAGAUAAGUUUAGAACCAAAAUGAAUGACUUUGUGUCAGAUUCAAAAAAUAUGAUUUUUACCGAAGACCUAAAGAAUAUAGUGCAUAUAGCAGAGCCUACAGAUUUGGAUUUAGUGGUAAAAAUGGUUAAAAAGUUCAAUACUCAGAAGUCUGAAUUUAGGUUUAGUUCCUUCAUAUUUGGCCCUAUAGUAAUGAGGAUGUUCUACUUUUUGGAUGCACCAAUAGAGGCUUUACAGUGUUUUGAAGAUCCUGACAAUGAUGGAUUUUUUGAUCAGUUGGUGACAUAUCAGAUAUUGUUGGAUCUCCUCUACAACCAUCAGAUGUAUGAUGAAAUGUACAGGAUAUUUGAGAGGGUUCAAGAGAAACAAAUAAACAUGACAAAGUUCCCUAAAUAUUCAGUGGUUUUGAUCUUGGCGGCUUGCUAUAAACAAAAUACACCACAAAGUAUGGAGUAUGCUUCAAGAUUAUGGUUAGAAAUGGUCAAUGUUGGAACUGUACCAUUAAGACGAGCUGCUACAUUAAUGGCGGCUUUAGCGUUAAAACAAGGGAAGCCACACAUAGCAUUGGAAUCUGUAUCGCUACAAAAACCACACUAUGUCACUAUUAGAAACAUUAAGGCUAUGGCUUUAUCACAAAUGGAAAGGGUCGACGAUGCAAUAACAGUACUAAAAGGAGUUUUAGAGAUUGAUCGACCAGAUCAGAAAGACAAACACACAUUCUUCCAGGAAACUAUUAACACAGUACGGGAAGCGAUCGAAAAAAGUGAUAAUAAGGAUAUCAAAAAAGAAUUUGAAAAUGUUGAAAAAGCGCUAAAAGACCGUGGCCUAAUUGAUACACAGACGUUAGACCAGUUAAUUACAUCUGAUAUACACAUAAAGACGGACAGAAUUAAUGUUAUGCAGAAAGGAAUGUCCAAAAUGCCUUUUGGAAUGCGGCAGAGGAAAAGAAAUCUGGAGUGAUCUUAAAUUAAAUUAAAAUGUUCUUGUACAUAGUAGUUUUAAUUUAUUUUUGUAUAGAGUGCGAUUGGGUUAAAUGUUUGAAUACCGGUAAAUAAAUUGAAAACUUUGCGUAAUUUCGUUUGAGUUAUGUUUAAAUCACCAACUGAUAUAAAAGUUGAUCAUUAAUUAACUUACAGGUAGUUGACGAUUCACAACUUGUGAUAAAUAUAAAUAAAUGAUUAUAAAUUAUUUAUAAUUAUCAAAUUGUUUAGAACUGUAAAAUUAAUAUUUUGAGAUCAAAAGUCCUAGAAUAGUUACUUCGAAUAUUAAUUACAUAUUAAUAUGAUUCCAAAAUGUUUUUUUUAUUUCUACGCAAGUAUUUGUUUAAGUUAUUGUUCGGGAUAUGCUGCCUUUAACUGUGAUUGUUGUGGAAGUUAGGUAUUAGAAAUUAUCAAGUGACUAAUAAAUUGUUACAAUACA